AUGGCUCUGCCCCAGGUCAAAUCCCUGCAGGACUGCGUCGACUACUCAAAGGUCGUUGAGCCUUUCCUGCCGCAGCUCUACCAGCUACCCCACCAGAUCUGGGAGAGCCUCGACAGCCUCGACGCCCUGAGAGAGCUCUAUGUCACGACGAAUCCCCUUGUCUCGGGCUUUGCCGCCUCUCUUGCUGUUGGACUUCUCGUCUUGAUUGUGUCCGAGAUCAAUCGCAACUAUUCUCAGGUCGACCGGCUGUGGAGCAUCCUGCCCAACCUGUAUGUUGUCCACAUCGCGCUCUGGGCACGUGUGGCUGGGCUGCCGCACGAUCGAAUAGAUUUGGUUGCUCUCUUUACGACCAUAUGGAGUAUUCGAUUGACGUAUAACUAUUGGAGACGUGGUGGCUACAACAUUGGCUCCGAAGACUACAGAUGGAUGAUCGUCAAGGCCCAACUCAACUCGGUCGUCUGGUUCAUCUUCAACGUCACCUUCAUUUCGUUUAUCCAGAGCAUUCUCCUGUACCUUUUCUCUUGUGUGCCGGCAUAUGUCAUCCUACUCUCGUCCCAGUUUGAGCCUGGGAUUCAGGCGAUUGAUUUAGUCUUCUUCAGUGUUGAGAUUCUUCUCGUCCUAAGUGAAUGGAUAAGUGAUGGCCAACAGUGGGCUUAUCAAACCGCAAAAUACAAAUACAAGAACACUGGGAAACUUACCAGUGGAUAUACACCCGCUGAGCUGGAUAGGGGCUUCAUCGCAACUGGUCUCUGGGCAUAUAGCCGACACCCCAACUUCUUUGCUGAACAAACCAUCUGGUUCAUGCUCUACCAAUGGAGCUGCUUCGCCACUAACACCCCAUACAGCUGGGCUGGCAUCGGCGCUGUCCUCUUGGUCUUGCUCUUUCAAGGCUCCACCAACCUUACUGAAAAUAUUACUUCGGGCAAAUAUCCGGAGUACAAAGCCUAUCAAGCGCAUGUCGGCAUGUUCAUUCCCAAGACGCUGAUUCCGUAUACGACUCCUGGGCCGAAAAUCAUCAGGUCGAGCGAGUUGGUUAAGCGUGCUGAGCAAAAGCAGAAGCAUAAGAAGAAGCAAGGCUGA